AUGCUGAUUCUACACAUAAUGCUGCUUUCAAUAGCAGCCAUAGUGACAUCUUAUAAUUAUAAUAAAACAACAAGAAUACCAAUUACCUACACAAUUUCAAAAGUCAUUGAUCUAACAAAACCAUCAGUCAAUGAAACAUCAGAAUCUAAUCGACGAUCCAUGAGUAAAUCGUCAAAAAAUCCAACCAACAUUAGUAAAAGACAAGAUCCAUCUUUUGGUAGUUCACUCUCAACUUUUGAUGAACCAUCAGGUGAUAUUUAUUCGGAUUCAUUGUCAGGAUUUAGGGACAGUAAAAGUAGUACAAAAGAUGCAUUUGACAUUGAUGACAUUGAUAUUAAAUCAACACCUUCUUUUGGUUUUGACGAUUCACGUAUAAAAAAUAGUCCAACUUUCAAUAUUGUUAGUCCUAAAAUAAAGGAAAGUUCCUCGUUUGAUGUUGAUUCACCUUCAUUUAGUCUGGAUGGUGGAAAUUUUAACGUUGACGACACAGCUUUCAAUACUGCCUUUGAAAAUGAGGAGGAAACGCAAGAUAAAGAAGAAGAACAACAACAAGAAGAAGAAGAUCCUUCUUUUGGCAUUGAUCCUUCUGAUUUUGAACCCACAACAAAAAAACCAAGUUCCUUUGAAUCGGAUUUUAGUAGUGCCAAAAGAAGUCCUCCCUAUAGUACCAAUAGAAAUAAAGCAUACAGUGAAUCUUCCGAUAUCUAUGGACCACAAACAUCGAAUUCAAGAAGCAAAUCUUAUGACACAAAUUCCAAUAAAUAUUCCAAAAAUCCCAGACAAAGUUAUUCGAAAGGUUCAUCAUCACCAACAGGACCUGUUUACAGUGACACUAAUGUACAAUAUGUUGGUAGUUCAGCAACACCAAUUAAUUAUGUCACAACACCUCAUGAUAGAUUUGAUUCACCUCUUGUUGCCGAUAAUUCAAAAUUUCCAUCAUCAGAUCAAAAUUUCAAAGGAUUUAGCUCAUUUCAAAAUAGUCUAUUCGAUCAAGGAACAUUUGGACAAAAUUCAUUUCAAAAUUUGAAUGGUAAUUCUUUUGAAUAUUCAAAUCAACCAGUAACUCAAACACCAGUUUAUAGUACUCAAUAUCCGGGUCCAAAAAAUUCACAGCAUAUUUACUCACCGACUUCACAUCAGACUUUAAUUAAUUUACCAUCAGCAUCGCCUCAAUCUUUUGAUAGUUUAUCAACUUCCCUGCCAACUGAAAUUCAUAAUAGAGAAUUUUCAGGAUUUAUUCAGGGAUUAGAGUCGGAGCCAAUUGUUUUAAAUAGUGGAAAUAGUUUUAAUUUUCAAGCUCCAAAUUUUGGUAUUCCUUUUGAAUUUGGAACGGAAACGGGAAAUCAACCAUUUUUAACGGGUCAUGGUCUUCAGCAACAACGUCAAGUUCUACCUGUUCAGUCGUCAAGUAGCACUCCUCAAUUUCCACAAUAUAAAGGGGCAAGUAUUCAGGCACAUUCGAGAAGUGAUUUUGCCAAUCCUCCUGGAGGUUAUCAAUUUCUUACAAAUCAACCUCAAUUGCAUUUUAAUCCUAAUAAUGCACCAAUUGAUAGGGCGCAUGUUCAAAUUGUACAUAAUCCUUUUGAAAGAAUAAGAACUGACGUUGAGGUUAUUAAUAAAAAGAAACCCGCACCACCGCAGCAUGAUGGCAAAGAUGAUGAAGAUGAAACUGAGGAGGAUGUUGAGGAUAAUGAAGAAUUAGAUGAUGGCUAUAAAUCAAUUGAACGAGAAUACGGUCAAUCAGAUGAAGAUGAAAGUUCAAAAGCACAGAUAAACAGUGAGGAAGGUUCAUCGGAAAGUUAUUCUUUAGAGGAACCGGAAUUUAAAAAUAUGCCACCAAUGGGUGAAUUUAUUUUUCAACCAUACAAAGAUAAAAUUGGUAGAUUACAUGAAUUUGUGAAUCAUGAUGAGCCACAAAGUCGUUAUUCAGUAGAAUCGAGUGCAGACGACGAUGAUGAUUAUUCACCAAAAGAAUAUGCUUCUAUAAAUUCAUCAAGUUCCGAAUAUGAUGGAAAUGAUGACGAGGAAGAAGACGAGGAGGAACCAAAAAAGUUUAAUAAACAAGAACAGGAUGACGAUGUUCCCAAUCUUUUUACCAAUAAGGGACUACAAAAUCUUAGAAAUUAUGAUUUACAUUUUGAAAAAAAAUUCAAUCUCCCUUAUCAUAAUGAAGCAUUAAAAACCAAAUUUGCACAAGAUCGAUCGAGUCUAUCGGAUAUUUCAAAAUACAAGAGAAAAAAGAAUUCACAAGAAAAUGGGGAAAAUAUUAAAAAUGAAUUAAAACAAAGAAAUAAAAAUCCAAUAAAGCGAAUUUCAAAAAAUAAUGAAGAAGAUGAAACAAAAUUGAAUUUUCAAAUUUAUGAUAAGUCUUUUGGACACAAAAUUCCGAAAAUAUUAGAUGAAAGGCAAAAUGGUGAUUCUUUUUCUAGAUUCAAAAAAGAUAAUUCCCCUAAACAUAUUCCUUCGAAAAAAGGUGAUAAAUCAUUAGGGAUUAUAGCGAAAAAUGCCGCAUUUGACACUGAAAAUGAUUAUAAUUUUUUCUCCCCACAGAGAAUAAAAUCUGGAUUAAAUGGGGGCUUGUUUUGAAAAUCUAAUAAUAGAUAUAAAAAAAAAAGUUGAAAAUAUUUAAAAUAUAUUCUUUUACUAUUAAAUUUUUUAUUAAUAUUUCACUAAAGUGAAAUUAACAAUUAUCAGAAAAAAUUUAUAAUUACAAGUUAAUGCAAAAUUGUUAGGAAUAAUGAAAUUCAUUUAAUAUAAAACGACUGAAAUGUGAAGAAUUAAAAGAAUUAUUCCUUCUCAAACAACUCAGUGAAUAAUACAAAAAAAUUAUUGGAUUAGCGCGAAAAAUUGCAAAAACAGAUUCUUUAAAACUUUUUUUUUUCCUCAAAAACUCUUUGUUGUCCCACUUUUAUUUUUACAUAUUUUAUUAGAAAAAAUCUCAAAUUUCCAAUGAAAAUAAGAAAAAAAAAAUUGUGAAAUUGGUUCGAAAUUGAUAAAUAAAAUUUAAUUUUGAUA